CCCAAAGUUAAAAUGUACUUUUUCAUGGGAAGAUACAAGAUUGAGAGAUAUUUUUGUUAUAAUUUAGCAUUUCUUAAACAAUCAUCUAUAAUUCGGCCGUUUCUAUUCUAUAUCAACUCUUCGUUUAACUGGUCGCCCGCCCCCUGUCUCGAGUCUUUUCGUUCUGUUAGGUUUCCUCCUCCGCCGCACCUGCUCGCCGGAACGCUGUACACCAUCUUAUUCUUCUUAUAUCCCUCUCCAGCAACCGCACGCCUCCACUGCCUUCAACGCCAGCUGAUCGACGCGGAGUCCCAUUUCCCAGUCGCUCGCCGCUUAUCUUUUCUUUUCAUUUUUGGAAUCUUUGAUAUUAGAGUCGAUUUGUUGGAGUAUCUAAUUUUCCUCAACUCUUCAGAUACAGAGAAACCCUAAAGAAUUCUCGAAGAAAUUUCAAUGGGGAAGAACGAAUUUCUGACCCCUAAAGCAAUCGCAAACAGAAUUAAGGCAAAAGGGCUACAGAAGCUGAGAUGGUAUUGCCAGAUGUGUCAAAAGCAGUGUCGGGAUGAGAAUGGCUUUAAAUGUCACUGUAUGAGUGAAAGCCACCAGCGCCAGAUGCAGAUCUUUGGCCAAAAUCCCCAUCGUAUUGUUGAAGGCUACUCUGAAGAGUUCGAGAGUUCUUUCAUGGAGCACAUUAAGCGUAGCCAUCGGUUCAGUCGUGUGGCAGCUACAGUUGUCUAUAAUGAAUACAUUAACGACAGACAUCAUAUUCAUAUGAAUUCAACGCAGUGGGCUACUCUUACUGAGUUUGUUAAACAUUUGGGUCGAACUGGGCAAUGUAAAGUAGAGGAAACUCCCAAGGGUUGGUUCAUUACUUACAUAGAUAGAGAUUCAGAGACGCUUUUUAAAGAGAGAAUGAAGAACAAGAGGAUGCGGGCUGAUUUAGCUGAAGAAGAGAAGCAAGAGAGAGAGAUAAAGAGGCAAAUUGAGAGGGCUGAGCAAUUAGCACCUUUGGCUUCUGCAUCUGCCGAGCUUUUGGAGGCUGAACAAACAAGAGAGUUGAAAUUAGAGAGUGGGGUUAAGCUAGGAUUUGCUUUAGGAACAACAUCAAAAUUGAAGGAGAAGAAAGGAGAGAGUUCCAGGGUGGUUUUUGAUGAGGAUGAGACGUAUGAAACUGCCAAGGGGAAACCUGAAGGGACUUCCAAAAACAGGAUAGGUACCGGUGGUGGUCUGUCAUCUUUGGAGGAAUUGAUGAAAGAAGAAGAGAUGAAGAAGGAGAAGCUUAAUAGGAAGGAUUACUGGCUUUGUGAUGGAAUAAUUGUAAAAAUUAUGAGCAAGGAUUUGGCUGAGAAGGGGUACUAUAAGCAGAAGGGAGUUGUGCGCAAAGUGAUUGAUAAAUAUGUUGGAGAGAUUGAAAUGCUUGACGGCAAGCAUGUGUUGAGAGUUGAUCAAGAAGAAUUAGAAACAGUGAUACCACAAAUUGGUGGCUUAGUAAGGAUAGUAAAUGGCGCAUAUCGUGGAUCAAAUGCUAGGUUGUUAAGUGUUGACACCGAUAAGUUUUGUGCUAAAGUGCAAAUUGAGAAGGGUGUAUACGAUGGCAGGGUGCUUAAGGCUGUUGAAUAUGAAGAUAUUUGUAAACUUGCAUCAUAACUUUGAGAUAGAAGAUGAAACUCACUAUUUGUAAUUUUGUACUCAUAUUUUCUUUAAGCAUAUUUGUGCUAGUAUGAGAUUUGAUGUCUUCCAAAUACUUCUGCUUCUUUUUUUUCAUGACUCUUUUUCUUUUAAAACAAAAUGCAUAGGGAUGUCUGCCCUCCCUCUCCCACCCCACCCUGAAUUGUGAUCACACAUUCUACAUAUUUCAUGUAUUUAUUCAUGGAUUUAGUCAAUCAAGUUUCUUGGUUUUUUAUAUUUAUGAAGAUGUUGAGUAUGAUCAUGUGCGGCCCUAACAUUUACUUGAAGAGGGUCUGCUCUAAGAGUUCUAUUGUUCAAGUAAUAAACCCAUAGAUUAUUUAAACGUGCUCUCUGUUUAGUAUCCUUUUGCCUUUGCACCAUUAACGUGAAGUAGGAUCUCAACUAGCUCUAACUUGCUACAUCUCAUACUUUUGACAGCAUUGAAGAAAAAACUCCGCCCUUUUGGCAGGUACGGGACACAGGUUUGCAAGUAUCUCUUUCUUCUUUCUAGAGACGUAUAGCUACCCUUACCCCAUUUUGUUGCAUUGGUUCUCUAUCUAGUAGAUUGAACAUAAAAGGAUUGCAAUAUUAGUUCUUCCCCACUAUUUGAGUACAACCGCAAGGAUGAGGAAUCAAACCUUUGUGUGACUUUUAAGAAGGUUAUUUCAGUUACCAUUGAACUAAACUCACUUUGUCUGGUAAUAUUGUUUCUUAGCUUCAAGGGAUAUGGUACAAUCAAUCCUACCUACUGAGUGUUGUUGAUGAGGAAGUCGUUAUUUGACAUUCAUAACCUCUAAUCCUAUUUGCAAGAGUGGAAUCAUAGUUAUCUUGAAUUAUCUUGAAUAUACUAUCUGGUGGAACAUGUUGACUAAGGCACUGAAAAAAGCUUUCGGGCUCGAGGAAAUCAUCAUGAUCAUCAUUUUGUUGCAAGUUGAUAAUGUCAUGGAAAUCAAAAGAAUUGCCAUAUUGAUGCUCAAAGUUUUGGAAAUGUUCUAUUUCUCUUUUCUUUAUGUUUUUAAAUAGCGAGAGAGGAUUCCUGUAGAACUAGUUAGGGAAGGAUCUAAGUUUGCACUUAUUUAAUAAGAAUCAUUCUACACUAGUUCAUUGCACUAACCUCACUGGAAUAAUUAUUACUUGUAUUAUUGCUCAUAUUUUUGCAACACUGAAUCGACAGUCUUCAUUUUCGUUGCAAUGUUUUACUAUAGUUUGGGAUUUUUUCGAUAUAUAUCCAAAUCAAUGAAUCUAUUCAAUGAUGUUGAGGCGACCUGAGGUCUUCUCGCCUCUGUGCCAGUCAAGGCAAGCACCUUCAGUCAGGUGCUUGCCUGCCUGUGUCUUCACCAUUGACAAAGGCGUGCGCCUAAAUUGAAAAUGAGCCAAAAACAGGUUUUAUUUUUUAUUUUUAUUUAUUUUAUUUACUUUUCUUCUCCUUAUUUUUUUUUCUUUUCUGAAUUGAAGUUAUUUUCCUAAAAUGAAAAGAGAUGGAAAUAUGAUAGAGGGUUCACUGGUCAUGGAGCCGAAACGACAAAAACUCGUCAAGCCAUAUUCAAAGAACUAAGAGCUAAGGUUUAAGGAAAAAGGGUGGAUGGAAUGCACAUGCGUGCAUAAUAGAAGUUGUAGACUAAACACACCUAUAACAUGAAAACAAAAGAAGGAAAAGGAAAUCUGGAAAGGUGCAUGAACCAAGUCUGAAGACUGUAGUGAAUACACUGAAACUAAAAGAAAGAAAGAAAAAUUGAAAGGUCGGAUUACAGCAAAGGGAUAGAAAGUUUCAAAAUGGGAAUUCAGGUGGUCAAACGUAAAUAAAUUUUAAUUAAUUACUGCACUAAAAAUGGGUGGGUGAGUGUGUGAGACGUGGUGUUUUAACCUUUGUUACAGUUGUUUCACUGAUUUUUUUUUUUUGCCUGUGAAAAAAGGUGGGAACACUCCACGAAGGACGCCUUGGAGAUAGAAAUUCAAUUAAUACUCGACAUAUAUUUAGUACUUAUUUAUCUAUUUUAAGGUUUUAUUCCUGUUAUACUUAAUUACUAUAUUUGAUUAUUUUGUUGUGUUAAGUUUUUGGUCAUAUAUUUCAUUUAUAUAUUUAAAGACUUGACAUUUGAAUGUUUUUGCUAUCUAUCUAUUUAUUUAUAUUUUCAUUCAUUCUAGGUUGGUGUGUAAGAGUGUUGAAAAUAUAUGAGGGAAUUUUUUUUGGGAAGGGGUGGAUGAUGGACAAGGAUCUCAUUUACCCCCUGAGUCAAGGGGCUUAGAGAUUGGUAACUUAAAAAAUUGCAACAGAGCUUUGUUGGCUAAGUGGCUCUGCCACUUUCCCUUUGAACCCGACUUUUUAUGGCGUUGAAUCAUCGUGAGUAAACAUGGCACCCAUCCGCAUAAAUGAAUGGAGAAAGGGCUUAAAAGCACUUACCAAAAUCCCUGGAAAGAUAUCUCUUUUGAGUUUUGAGGUUCCAAUAGUCCAAGAUAUCUCUUUUGAGUUUUGAGGUUCCAAUCGUCCAAGAUAUCUCUUUUGAGUUUUGAGUUUCCAACCUUCUCUUGGUAUACUCAUUGUUCUGUGAGGGAUGGGAAGGACACGUAUUUUUGGGAGGAUCUGUAGGUGGGGGAGAGAAGACAUCAAAACUGUUGUUUUUUCUUUAUUUCCACAUCUUUGUCAUUUAUCCUCUUCCAAAAACUGUAUGAUCUCGGUUCUUUUAGUUGGGUAUGAGAAUCUUGUGUCUUUUUCUUUUGGGUUUCGUUGACCAAUAGGGAAACAAAAGAGGUUGCCUCUCUUCUUUCUUUGCUCGAGGGGUGCAGUUUUUAGGGAGGGAAGAAGGGAUGUUCGUGCUUGGAGUCAUAACCUGAGUCAGGACUAUAUGUGUCAAUUGUUGUUCAAUUUGUUAUUAGAUUACUCCCCUCCUAGGUAGUUUGUUUUUGACGUGGUUUGGAGGACUAAGGUUCCCAAGAAAGUCAAAUUCUUUAUCUGGCAAGCCUUGCUUGGCUGCGUUAACAUUUGUUGAUAGGCUUGUUAGGAGAAGGACCUCGCUUGUUGGGUCUUUUUGUUUGCUUUGUCGGAAGGCGGAGGAAGACCUUGAUAAUCUUUUUUGGGAUUGUCAGUAUGCUCGAGCUUUGUGGAGUUCUUUUCUGUAGGGGUUCAGAGUUAGCUACGUUUUCCUUCAGAGCGUUCGUGUGACAAUUAAGGAAUUCCUCCUCCAUCCACCUUUCAGGGAGAGGAUGAUUUUUGUAGUUGGCUGGAGUGUGUGUUGUUAUAUGAGAUGUUUGAGGGAAUAAGAACGAUUAGGUGUUUCAUGGUAGGGAAAGAGUUAGUGAGGUUAUGUUCUUGGUUAGAUUUCAUGUGUCCCUUUGAACUUUGAUUUCGAAGACCUUUUGUAACUAUUUCAUUAGUAACAUUUUACUUAGUUGGACUCCCUUCUUGAAGUUGGGGUGUUUUGGUGGGCUGAUUUUUUUGUAUGCCCUUGUAUUCUUUUAUUUUUUUUCUCAAUGAAAGUCGUUGCUUCUAUAAAUAGAAAUCUAUAUUCAUUCUUUAUGCCUUACUUUACUCAUGCCUCAUCUUUUUGUCUUCUCUUGUCUUGAGGCGAUCAAAGGCCUUGUCACCUUUGUUUUGCACCAGACUGAAUCUAUUAUAGUUUGGUUGCACUUAUCCAAAUUGAUAAAUCUAUUACAGUUUGGUUGCUUUAUCCAAAUCAAUGUUGGAUAGGACAUAAGCCAUAUGUCUAACAGAAAUUGUUCAAUGAGAAGAACCAUAUUUUGUGAGAAUUGUUGGGUGGGAGAUUAACCUCUUUGCUAUGGAUAUCUUGGUUGUAUCACCUGUCCAAAAAACAAGUUGUAUGUGGUGAUGGUUCUACCCUCCUUAGACUCUCUCUUCAACUUCUUCGGAUUCUUUGGAUUUUAGUCGUCUAUUGAUAGAUAAAGAAGCUGUAGAUGUGGCAGUCCUCCUUGGUGUGACUCUUGUGUGAGUCCAAGGAGAAAAGAUGUUUGGUUUUAGGCCCUAUCCUUUCAAGGAGCUUUUCUUCUAGUGUUCCUUUUUACUUAAGUUAUGUGGCUCUGCUUGUUUAAAUUCUUCAAAAAGGUUGUUUCACUCUUAUCCAUAGUGAUGUUUUGGGAUCGUCUAAGGUUACAACCGCUUUUGGGAAACGGUAGUUUGUGACCUACAUUGAUGACCAUGCCCGUCUUACCUGGGUCUUUCUCAUCUCUGACAAAUCUGAGGUCACUUCCAUAUUUUGGGACUUUUAUCACACCGUAGAAAAGCAAUUCAAUGUGAAAAUUAUUAUUCUACGGAGUGACAAUGGUUGUGAGUUUCAAAACCAUCCCUUUAAUGAGUUUCUAUCCUCUAAAGGGAUUGUUCUCCAAAGCUCCUGUGCUUACACUUCCUAACAAAAUGGAGUUGUCGAGAGAAAAAAUUGUCACCUUAUGGAAGUAGCACACUUCCUUAUGUUGUCUACUUUCCUUUCCUUCUAUCUGUGGGACGAUGCUGUUCUUACGGCAACUCAUCUUAUAAUUGGAUGCCCUCUCGUGUCCUUCACCUCCAGAUUCCCUUAGAAUGGAGUCUUUUCCCUCUACCUAUCUCAUUCCUGAUGUUCCUCUUCAGGUGUUUGGGUGCACGACCUACGUUCAUAGCCAUGGCCUUAGCCAAACCAAGUUCACCCCUCGAGCUCAGACGUGUGUGUUUGUCGGGUAUCCUCUUCAUGAACGGAGCUAUAAAUUUCUCCAUCCUAUUCCCCAUAAGUACUUUCUCUCCAUGAAUAUCACCUUCCCUGAGGAUUGUCCUUUCUUUCUUGUUAGCCUGCUUCACGAGGUUAAGGUUUGGCUAGUUCUAUUCAUUCAUAAAAUAGGUGAGAAUGACAAGUCCGAUAUAGUUGUUUCUGAAGACAUGGGUGAAAAGGGCAUUGUUGAUGAGAUUGAGGUCAUGGCAGACAAGUGAUAGGCUAAACAGGAUCGUUUGGGUAACCUCGAUGACUAUGAUCCAUCUCCUGACAUACCUAUUGUGCUAAAGAAAGGUACUAGGUUUGCACGAAGCACUCCAUCUGUAACUAUGUCUCUUACGAGAAUUUUUCACUCUCAUUUUAAAGCUUUUACAACCAGUCUUGACUCUACCAUGAUACCUAAGAACAUCCACGCUGCAUUAAAGUGCCCUGAGUGGAAAACUGCAAUCAUGGAAGAGAUGAGAGCCCUUGAAAAGAACAAGACUUGGGAGCUCUAUGCUCUUCCUAAGGGGCAUAAAACUGUGUAAUGUAAAUGGAUGUUUACUCUAAAGUACAAAGCAGAUGAAACUCUAGAUAGACAUAAGAACAGGUUAGUUGGAAAAGGGUUCACUUAGACUUAUGAGGUUGACUACUCUGAGACUUUUUCUCUUGUUGCGAAGUUCAAAACUGUUAGGGUUUUGCUGUCUGUUGUUGUGAAUAAAGACUGACCCCUAUAUCAACUAGAUGUUAAGAGCACUUUCUUGAAUGGAGACUUCAAAGAGCAAGUGUAUAUGAGCCCUUCUAUGGGAUUUGCAACCUAGUUUGACCAUCGGGUUUGCAAGCUUCGGGAAUCCUUGUAUAGGUUGAAGUAGUCACCAAGAGCUUGGUUUGACAGGUUUACCACCUUUGUUGUCAAAUUCCAAGGAUAUAGUCAAGGGCACUCUGAUCACACUUUGUUCACUAAAGUUUUCAAGGCUGGGAAAAUUGAUGUGUUGAUUGUAUACGUUGAUGACAUUGUGUUAUCUGGGGAUGACACCAUUGAUAUCAUCCAACUAAGAAGAUGGGGGAUGAGUUUGGGAUUAAAGACUUGGGGAAUCUAAAAUUCUUCCUUGGAUAGAGGUGGUUAGAUCUAAAGAAGGUAUCUCUGUAUCUUAGAGAAAGUACACCCUUGAUUUGUUGGUUGAAACAAAUAUGAUGGGAUGCCGAAAUCAGCCUAUCGAUUUCAAUGCUAAAUUGGGAAAUUUAGUUGCUAAAGUUCCAGUUGAUAAAGAAAUAUUAGUGUCUGAUGGGGAAGUUGAUUUACUUAUCUCACACUAGACUUGAUAUCCACUAUGCUGUGAGUUUUGUUAGUCAGUUCAUGUAGGCCCCUUACAAAAAACUCAUGGAGGCAGUUAACAGAAAUGUGAGGUAUUUGCAAACUACUAUUGGUAAAGGGUUGAUAUUCAGGAAGACUAACAGAAGGUGUAUUGAGGCCUAUACUGAUUUUGAGUGAGCAGGGUUUGUUGUUGAUAGAAAGUUCACCUCAGGAUAUUAUACUUUUGUGUGGGUGCAAUCUCAUUACUUAGAGGAGUAAGAAGCAAGGGGUUGUGGUCAGAAGCAGCAUUGAAGUUGAGUAUAGGGCUAUGAGUUUGGGGAUAUGUGAGGAAAUCUGUUUCUAAAAGGUUUUAUUCGAUCUUUAUCAGGAUUAUGAGGUGCCUAUGAAAUUAUUCUGCAAUAAGGCUGCUAUUAGCAUGAUAGAACCAAACAUGUGAAGAUGGAUAGACACUUUAUCAAAGAGAGACUGGAAAAUGGUGGCAUCUGUAUUGCUUACAUUCCCUCAAGCCAACAGAUUACUGAUGUCCUCACUAAGGGGCUUCUUGGAUAGAGUUUCGAUUCUUGCAUUAGCAAGUUGGGUCUUAUUGACAUUUACAUCUCAACUUGAGGGGAAGUGUUAGAAUUAGUGGGCUUGUGUGUUGAAAGCCCAAGGGUAGUUUUUUAAUUUGUGUUACCCUAAUUAUUCUUUUCUUUUUUAAUUAGACUCUUGUUGCCUGUUAGUUUCCCCUCUCGUACUGUUUUUUUUAAUAAGAGAAAUUAAUAAGAAAACUCUAGUGUGGUGUUUCUCCUUGUACUAGGGUUUCUACCUAAAUUAGUGUAUUAUUUUUUCAUAGUCGCUUUCAAUAGAAUUUGUUUUUAAUUGAUCUUUUAAGUAUAAAAUUAAAAUUCAACUUAUUAAAAAGUAUAUGUUUUCUAAGUCUAGUUAACAUACGUAAAUUUUGUUAUCAUUUCACUAGGUCAAUUAUCAGUCAGCUACGGGAUAAGGAAACUAGUUCCAAAUUUGGGACCAAUUGACAUCUUUUUCAAUUUUCAUGGAUCAAACAUGCCACUUGAGAAUUAAAUGGAAACUGCCUUCUAAAGAACAAAAACAUAUUUGGCUUUAAAAUCUAUAGAUCAAAGAUGUAUUUAUCCCUGGGACUGGGAGUGGAGAAAUUUGAAUUUUUCAAUGUUUAGGAAACUAAGUAUUGUUUGAAUUUCACUCACUGAUUUAUUUUUAUUUGUUUUUAGUUUGAUUUUUUUUUUAUCUUGUUCCUUCUCUAAUGGUUGGUUUGGUGUUUGGGAUAGCCAGGAACUGUCUUAAGUGUUCGAUUUUGGUGGUUUUGGGGGUGGAUUUUCCAUCUGUUUUUGGUUUUUGGAUGUAGAUUUUUUAGAUUAGCCCUUAAGGUGUUUGUUUCUUUGUUUGACCGAAAAGUAAUUUGAAAUCUUUGUUGUAGAGUUUGUUUAUUUGUUUUUGUGAAAGUGCUUCUUGGAUGUUUAGCCUUUGCGUGUUGUUUUCUUUGAAGGGAUUGGUUAGAAACUGAUGAGUUGAUUGAAUAUUUAAUAAGGACAAAGUUUUAAUUGUUUAAAGGGUAAAGAAGGACGAGGGAAGUUGCGUAGGUGUCAGUGAGGUUCAAUGAAGAAUAAAAAUAUGCUGUUUGCGGAUUUAGCUCCCCACCACAAUCCACCAAGGAUUGUGUUGCUGGUGAAUCCUCUGAUUUAAAACCUUAGGAUGCAGAUUAUUAUAUUCCUUUAUUUGAUGACGAGUUGCACUUUCUAUCUUGACUAGGUUUCCUCAAUCCGAGCAAUGAAAGUUGUCUUGUUUGUGCAUGAGAUAUUUAACUCUUGUCAAGAGUGGUGAACUAUAUAGGAUUAGGAAAGCAAUUGGGUGCCAAGAGCCACCGGUCUUCUUGUUACCAAGUGGGGAGAGCAGUUGGAUGAUGUUCAAUUGGACUUUCCAGGGAUUGUGUUUUUUGUCCUUCCCUCAGAUACUUGCUUUUUGGAUGCACAAGGAAUCCCUUUGUGCUGGCACAGAUCUUGUUGUUACAGGUCGAGGACAUACUGGGGGUGUCAUUUGGAGGUAUCCGCUGGUAGGGAACAAAUGGAUCAUUUUAUGAUCAGCCCAAGCACUACAAGAAAUAUGCAUUUUUAGCAUUUUUAAAAUAUUGCUGUGGUAGAAAAUGAAAGAAGUGGAGACUUGGUGCUCAAAUUUUAGGAAAAAAAAUGAAAAUUGGAGUUUUUCCCCUCUCCUCUCAUUUUCAAUCAUUGCCAUUUUUCCUCUCUUUUCCUCUCAUCUCUCUUCCUGUCUCAUUUUCGACCACAACCAUUUCUUCCUCUCUCCUCCUCUCAUCAUCUUCAAAAUAAUGAAAAUUAGGGCUGACUCUUUGGCCUAUCCCAUCCCCCCUUAUCCUUUCAUAUUUGAAUGAUGAAAAUUAGGGUUCAUUUAUCAGCUUCUCGCCUUUUCUUCUCUCAUUUUCUUUAUCCUCUUUAGAGGAUGCCUUCAAAACCUCAAGUCAACAAAGAUGCCUUUGUGUCAUCAAUUUCGACACCUAAAGAGCGAUUUCUAUGGAUGUGCGCACUCAAUCCGUAAUUGAUAGUUUCAUCAAUGUCUUGUUUAGCAAUGUUACAGUGGUGGCGAGGUGCAGGCCAGUCCAAGUCUAGUAGCCUUGAGGAAGGAUUCUCUUUCAUGAAUGAUGCUACAAAUUCUGAAGAUUAAUGAUACACCCGUGUGGAGAUUCCAGGAAGGGAAGUUCAUCUCUCUUUGGAUUAUGUUUCUUGAGUUUGUUGAUAUUGGCUUUGGUUUUUUGGACUUCAUUUUGCAUUGCUAUGAGUUUUAUGAGUUCAAGGAUCUAGCUUCAUUGUCUUUGUUUGUAGAUUUUGAGAAGAUGGAUUCUUUUUAGUCCUUAAUUGUUUUCUUUUUUUAUGGUUGUGAGUGAUGGAGGGAAAGGUUGGGCUAGAUUAUGUUUGGGAUGAAUGAUGCAUGUAAAGUAUUAAUUAGAAAACUACUGUUUAUGAUUUUUUUAUUGGAGACAAACAUGAAUAGUAGCCUUCUUGUAUCAAACAUAUUUUGUAUAAGUUCGAUUUUUGUUUUUUUUCUCUCA